AUGAAUAAUGAAAAAGAAAAUGAAUCUCCUGGAGAUCCAAUGGAUGUAGAUGUUGUGGAUGUUGUGGAAAAUGUAGCCACUCCAGAAGUGCCUUCAGAAGUGCAUUCUGAGGUACAUUCUGAAGUACAUUCUGAAGUACAUUCUGAGGAAAUACAUUCUGAAGUACAUUCCGAAGUACAUUCAACUGAUACGCCGACAUCUGUAAAAAUAAAAACGAAAAAAUCAAAAUGGGAGUCUGAAAGUGAAAACGAGAUGCCAGAAAGUGAACGAAGAGUUAACAAAAAAAAGCGUGCCGCGAAAAAAGCUUUAAAACCUACCGUUGAUUCAGAAGCUGACGAGUUUGGCUCGCAACAAGAAAGUGCAACUGAAAGUGUAAAACGUUUAAAAGUAUCUGUCGAGGCUGCUGAAUCUCCAUCAAUAAAAUCCGCUUCUUCUAUCGCUGAAUCUGUAAACGAAGUCACUGAAGUUGCUACUCCACCAGAAAAUACUGUUUCGACUCCACAAGCUACGGUUGAACAAAUGAUUAAACCUGUAGCCUCUUCAAAGCCUCCUAUGCUUGCAGGUUGUCGUAGUGUUGAUAAUUAUGAAAAAUUGAAUAGAAUUGAGGAAGGUGCUUAUGGUGUGGUUUUCCGUGCCAGAGAUAAAUCUACUGGUGAAAUUGUUGCCUUAAAAAAAUUAAAAUUAGAUAAAGAAAAAAACGGGUUCCCUAUCACUUCUUUACGAGAGGUGCAUACUUUACUUUUGGCUAAACAUCCAAACAUUGUUAAUGUUAGAGAAAUUGUGGUUGGUGAUGCAUUAAAACAGAUAUUUAUUGUAAUGGAUUUUAUAGAGCAUGAUCUUAAAAGUUUAAUGGAGGAUAUGCAAAGUCCUUUCUUACAAUCUGAAGUCAAAACAAUAAUGCUUCAGCUUCUAUCUGCUGUCGCAACGUUACAUGAUAAUUGGAUUAUUCACCGUGAUUUAAAAACUUCAAAUCUAUUAUUAAAUAAUAGAGGUCAAAUUAAAGUGGCUGAUUUUGGUUUAGCUAGAAAGUAUGGUAGUCCUUUAGGUCCAAUGACUGAAUUGGUUGUUACACUUUGGUAUCGAGCUCCUGAGUUAUUAUUAGGUGCCAAAAAAUAUUCUACGGCUGUUGAUAUGUGGUCCGUUGGCUGCAUAUUAGGGGAAUUGGUAAAUAAAGAACCUUUAUUACCAGGUCGAACAGAGAUUGAUCAACUAGAUAAGAUAUUUAAAUUAUUAGGCAUGCCCAAUGAAAAAAUAUGGCCGGGUUUUUCAAAGUUACCACAUGCUAAAAAUCUUCCUUAUGUAAAACAAUCUCAUAAUUCGAUACGAAGUCGGUUUCCAUAUUUGACUGAAAAUGGUAUUGACUUAAUAGCAAGGUUGUUAACAUAUGAUCCGGCAAAACGAAUUACUGCUGAAGAAGCUUUGAAACAUCCAUACUUUAC